GUGUGUUUUCCCUCCCUAUUUUUCUUUGUCUCCAGCUAAGCAGACAUGACGUCACUGACGUUGCUUUCUGUGACAUCAGUCCUGGCUAUUUUUUCCCUACCGUGUCACGGGCAGGAGGGCAAAUGUUCAGGGGCUCCAGGAAUCCCAGGGACCCCAGGAGCUAAUGGGCUACCUGGAAGAGAUGGACGGGAUGGCAUGAAAGGGGAUCAAGGACCACCAGGCCCCAUGGGACCCCCCAAUGGUUUGCCAGGUGCUCCUGGCCGAGAUGGGCUUCCAGGACCAAGAGGGCUGAAAGGUGAAAGAGGAGAGAAAGGAGACCAUGGACCCCCUGGGCCAGAAGGCCGCGCAGCUUUUCUCGAUCCAGACGUGCAGAAAGUGCUUAGAAGUCUGGGAGACAGGAUCCUAAGACUUGAAGGAGUUCUAGCCUUGAGGGGACUGAUAAAGAAGGUGGAGGACAAAAUAUUUACUACUAAUGGGAAGACAGUUGGCUUUGACGCAAUAAUCCAAGCAUGUCAACUUUCAGGGGGUUCCAUUGCAAAACCCAUGAAUAAAAAAGAGAACGAUGCUAUUUUGCAAAUUGUGAAAGAACAAAACCAAUAUACCUACUUGGGAAUUAAGGAGAGUUCCGUUCCAGGAGCCUUCGAGUAUUUCGAUGAAACUCCUGUGAAUUAUACCAACUGGCGUCGAAAUGAACCAAACGGAAAAGGGUCAGAAAAUUGCGUUGAGAUGCAAACUGAUGGAAAUUGGAAUGACAAAAAAUGCAACCAGUAUCGUCUCAUUAUCUGUGAAUUUUAAAAUUUCCCAUUUUAACAUCUAAACCAAAGGAAUUGUUGUGGCUUCUGGGAGCUGUAGUCCUCUAAAUGUAUUUGUUGUAAAGUCUUCAUCAGCCUCCAGUCUUCUACAAUUCCCAAUAUUCUGAAGCAUGAGAGUUAAAUCAGUUAACAAAUGUGAGGAUAGGGUUUUAAUGAUAAUGUGGUGGGUACAAUCAAGCAUUUCCAAUUUCUGGAUAAUUAAAAGAAAUUAAAAUAUUGAUUUACAGAUGAUUAGGGUUUGAUUGUUCUUUUGGGUUAGAAAUAAUUUAUCUCAAGCAUAUCCAUCCAAACAUCAGAGCAGUUUUUAUAAGUGCAUAUUCAGAUAUUGUCAAAAUUAUAUGUGCCUUUCCAAAUUCUCCAGGAAUAUUCUUGCGUCUUUCAAAAACUAAUGUAUAUCUGGACAGGAAUGUCAUAAUUCUAUCUAUCUAUCUAUCUAUCUAUCUAUCUAUCUAUCUAUCUAUCUAUCUAUCUAUCUAUCUAUCUAUCUAUCCUGUUUCCCCGAAAAUAAGACAUCCCCUGAUAAUAAGCCCAAUUGGGCUUUUGAGCCCGUGCACUAAAAUAAGCCUCCCCCCGAAAAUAAGCCCUCCCCAAAAAUAUUUAAACAAAAAGCUGGAAAUCAGGUAAGAUGGCAAGAGGAGCCCCAUCUUGCUCCAUGUGCCCCAAAAUAAUAAUACCUCCCCAAAAAUAAGGCCUAGCGCUUAUUUCAGGGUUCAAAAAAAUAGAAGACAGGGUCUUAUUUUCGGGAAAACAUGGUAUCUAUCUAUCAUCUAUCUAUCAUUCUCUCUCUCUCUCUGUCUACCUACCUAUCUGUCUAUCUGUCUGUCUGUCUCUAAUCUAUGUCUGUCUGUCUAUCUAUCUAUCUAUCUAUCUAUCUAUCUAUCUAUCUAUCUAUCUAUCUAUCUAUCUAUCUAUCAUCUAUCAUCUAUCUAUUCAAUUUGAAAACAAUACUGAGACCAUUGAAGAAGUUAGCCAAGAGGAAAGAAUAUCACGGGUCGAUUUUACAAUGGAUGAUAUUAGAAAGAACAAAUUAUUUUAUCAUUUAACUUAAGCUGGAUAAUCAGCUCCAAUAAAAGUAUUCCAAAUG